CGAAACCUACUUUAGCUUCGGUCCUAUGCCUCGAGACCUUGAAGACAGAUCGAUUCCUCGUUGCGUUGUUAUGAUGGGUUCUCUCGAUCGCGGAUGUAAUCCGAGAAUGAAUUUCAACUUCAACGAGAUGGCUUCACGAGUUGCAUGACGAUCGUAGGGACGGGGAAUUCGUUGAAUUAUUACGUCAAUCAUAAACAAUUUUAAUUACGUCACCAUGCUGUCGCGAGGACUUGAAUCAUCACGCCGAAGGAAUGGCGUGGUGAAUGCCGCGUGCUCUUUACCAUGGACAAUUGAGCAUAAUCGCCACCAAGUAUUGUUAAAACGUUGAAUAGACAAUUAUCAGUAUGAUCCUGACAGAUUUACAUGAGAAAUGCGGAAGAAACCGGAACUUUGAAAACAACGGAAUAUCUAAAGAACAAUUUCGAAAGGAAAUAUGUCAAACUUGAUGAUUUGAAAAAUAAACUUAAAGAGGCAGGCUCUAAAUUGGUAGUUAUCGACUUCUUUGCCGUGUGGUGUGGACCAUGCAAGAUGAUCGGUCCAAUGAUUGAAGACUUGGCAAAGGACAUGCAAGAUAUUGUAUUUCUUAAAGUUGAUGUAGAUGAAUGCGAAGAUGUUGCCGCUGAAUACGAAAUAUCUAGUAUGCCUACGUUUGUUUUUAUAAAGGAAAGCAAAGUGUUGGAGACUUUUUCUGGUGCAAAUAUUGAAAAACUUAAAAAUACGAUUCAACAGCACAAGUAAAUAAAUUUUCAAGGAUUUAAAUAUAAUGUAUCCUUAAAAACUCAAAGACAUGUUGAAUUAGCGCUAUUUUACACAAUAUAGAAUGAACUAUUUAAAUAGAAAAUGAAUCUUCAUUGUUUACACUAUAUACAUUGUGAAAAAAAUCGAUACACUUAUUUUUUAAUAAUGGAAAUAUUUUAUGGAAUUAUUUCCGCGAAUUUUGUUGCAAAAAUGUAUAAUAAAAUUGAAAUAUGAAUU